AUGCGCAGAGCCGACGUCCAACGAGAAGAACACCACUUGUAAAGUGGAACGUCCUGUAUCAGGGCAUCAGACUACCACUGGCGUUCUCUAGCACAACAUACCUCUUGGAAAAUAAGGUGCGAAAAAUCUGAGACUCAAGUGUGACGCUGAUAUUUCUUACUUACAUCUAAAGAUUUAGAUCCAAGACAAGCCAACAACAUGGAAUUAUCAACUGAUACGCGAGUUCCACCGCCUUCAUGGAUAAAUCAUGGUUUCAUAGAAUCUGCUUUGAAGAAUGCAGAACGAAAGAAAAUUACCGUCGAUUCCAUGAACAUCCAGUACGCAAAUCCUGAAGGAGCUGGCUAUGGAAGCUUGAUGUUCAGACUCACUGCCAAUCUGAGAUAUGAAGGCAGUGAGCAGACAGAGAAGAAAACCAUGAUAGUGAAAACGGUUAUUGAGGCUGGUCAUCUGCUCAAGGAUCUCAUAGAAAAAUGUGAUGUGUUCAGGAUCGAAGGAGAGAUGCUGCACAAUGUGAUGCCGCAAGUCCACGAGCAGUUGGCAGCACUGGAGAAUGAGGAGUUCCGGCCAAUAGCGGCCAAGUGCUACCAAUAUGGCCGACAGCCCUCACCCUUCUUAGUGCUGGAGGACCUGUCAGCAGCUGGAUUCAGGCUGGCUCAGGCUGGCCAGCCAUUGGACCUCAAACACUGUGAAGUCGCGCUGCGGGCGUAUGCACGGCUGCACGCUGCCUCAGUGUACGUACUAUGUAAACAGCCCCACUACAAGGACACGUUCAGUUUCCACAUGUUCACAGACCAAAGCGCUCGACAGUUCCUAGGAACUAUGGCCAAGAAGAUUAUGGUAGGACUAGCCAAUGAGCUUGACAAAUGUCCUGGUUAUGAGAAAUAUUCAGAAAAAUACAGGGCUUUUGCUGACCGCUUCCUCGAUUUAUCAUAUGAAGUAAUGGAGAAAAUCAAGAGGCAAACAAAGCUUAUGGUAUUGACCCAUGGUGACUGCUGGAAGAACAACAUGAUGUUUAAGUACACGAAUGGAGAAGUAUCAGAAGUCCGUCUAGUUGAUUUUCAGGGUGUAUCAGCAACCAGCCCGGCCUCGGACCUGCUGUACUUCCUGUACUCGAGCGCCAGCGAAGACGUCCACCGGCACCACAUGGAGGACCUGCUGCGCGGGUACCACAGCAGGCUGGUGGGUCUGCUGCGGCGUCUGGGGCUGGAACAGCAGGCGGAGGCCUUCACCUUCGAGGAGCUGAAGAAGGACAUGGACUACUGCUUAGCCAUCGGCGUUUACUUUAGCAGCGGCAGUGGAUUUUUCCUCACUUCCGAGAAACAUGCCAAAGAAUACGUAAAAGCACUCAACGACCUAGAGAAGUUUGAUGAAGUUAUCGUUAAAUCAUUUAUGAAUCCGUACACAAUGUCAUAUAUGAAAUAUCUCACGUCAUUUUUUGAUAAGAAAGGAAUUUUAUGAUCGUAUUUAAUUUUUAAAUGCAUACGAGCUAGUUUUCGGCGCAUCUGAAAAGCGGGCUGUAAGGACUAAUCGUCGACACUUGCAAAAGGCAAAUCUUAAAUUCAUGAGUGAUUAAUAGCUAUACACAACGUUCCGAUUGUAGUUGUAAUAAGUUUCCGCUACUCUACCACACAAAGAAAUGUGUCUGACUUUA